UCUCUCCUCUCCUCUGCUUGCCUCUGCUCCUCGCCUCGCGGGCCGCCGAGGCGAGCUGAGCCAGCCCUGCGUGUGUGUGCAUGCGUGGGCGGGGGGGCUGCCGCAUGGAUUUAGCGAAGGCUGGGAGGGAACACAUGGGCUGGGUUGUUUUUUUCUUGGCCUGCGGUGGCUGUCCGUCCUGCCGGCCGCGGUUAUGGAUUCGAUCAUUAUCCAGGAGCGGUUAGUGGAGAGGCUGCUUUCCCCCCGGACGCAGGCACAGCGAAGCCACCCGGCCAAGCUGAAGGCAGGAGUGGUGGCACACCCUGACCUUCUCCUGCCCGCCUCUGCCCUGCAGGACCAUGAGAAGCAGUACGUGGGCUUUGCCACUCUGCCCAACCAGGUCCACAGGAAAUCCGUGAAGAAAGGUUUCGACUUCACCCUGAUGGUUGCAGGAGAGUCGGGUCUGGGCAAAUCCACGCUGGUGAACAGCCUGUUCCUGACGGAUCUCUACAAAGACAGAAAGCUCCUCAAUGCGGAGGAGAGAAUCAACCAGACAGUGGAGAUUGUCAAGCAUACGGUGGACAUUGAGGAGAAGGGCGUCAAGCUGAAGCUGACCAUCGUGGACACACCAGGCUUUGGAGAUGCUGUUAACAACACUGAGUGCUGGAAGCCCAUCACUGACUACAUCGACCAGCAGUUUGAACAGUAUUUCCGUGAUGAGAGCGGCCUGAACAGGAAGAACAUCCAGGACAACCGAGUGCACUGCUGCCUCUACUUCAUCUCGCCCUUUGGGCACGGGCUGAGGCCUGUGGAUGUCGAGUUCAUGAAGGCUCUGCAUGAGAAGGUCAACAUCGUGCCUCUCAUUGCCAAAGCUGACUGCCUGAUCCCAUCUGAGAUCCGGAAGCUAAAAGAGAGGAUCCGGGAAGAGAUUGACAAAUUUGGCAUUAAAGUAUACCAGUUUCCUGAGUGUGACUCUGACGAAGAUGAGGAGUUCAAGCAGCAAGAUAGAGAGCUGAAGGAGAGUGCUCCCUUUGCUGUCAUCGGCAGUAACACAGUGGUGGAGGCAAAAGGCCAGCGAGUCCGUGGAAGGCUGUACCCGUGGGGCAUUGUGGAAGUGGAAAAUCAGGCGCACUGCGACUUUGUGAAGCUGCGGAACAUGCUGAUCCGGACACACAUGCACGACCUGAAGGAUGUCACUUGCGAUGUCCAUUAUGAGAACUACCGAGCUCAGUGCAUCCAGCAAAUGACCAGCAAGCUGACUCAGGACAACAGGAUAGAAAGCCCAAUUCCUAUCCUGCCACUCCCAACACCGGACACUGAGACUGAGAAGCUGAUUAAAAUGAAGGAUGAGGAGCUGCGGCGGAUGCAAGAAAUGCUGCAGAAGAUGCAGCAGCAGAUGCAGGAUCAGUGAGAUGCAGGUACUUGGAGGGCAAAGGGAAUCCCUCAGCGACCAACCGAAGCCUGGCAAGAGCUGUGGAUGUUUAAAAAGAGGUUUCCCGUUGUAUAAAGACUUGUGGGCAAGAGCUGCACCCGCACCCUCUAAUUUAUUAGCAGCAAUGCUGGCUUUGCGGUCAGCUGGGUUGUGGAGAAGGCUGUUCACUUAACUGUUUACUGAUGUGUAUUUCUUUUUUUAUUAUUCUUUUUUUUUUUUUUUUUUUUUUCAAAAGGAAAUAGCCUGGGAAGUCUCUAAGGCAUCCUAAAAAGGGGAAAAAAAAGGAAAAGAAACAGAUCUCCCUUUCCCGUGUACUAAUCUCUUGUUUGGGAAUGCUCUGGUAUUUAAAGUCCUGGUUUCUCUGGUGUACGAACUUGAAGAAUAUCUGUGUCGAUGCACGUAGAUGUUUACUCCCACCUGAGGUGCUGUGCCCCUUUCCCCACUCCCCUUGUCCAGGGCCAGCACAAGUGUUGUAAAGGCAGACCUUCCCUCCUGGGAGUUCAACCUGCACUGCCAGAGAGCAGGGACUGGGGGGUUCUCUGUGCACUGACCUGCCCGGGGGGCUGCUGGUUGUCUGCUUUCCUGCCCGGGUUAUUUGGUUUGUCUUUGGUAGGUUGCAUGGCCGGGUUUGUUUUUCCUACGAACUCCAGAACUUUGCACUGAGUGGCAAGGAACUGAGUCUGUCAAGGGGGUGGUUGGAAGAAAACAGCUUCCACUGCCCUCGGUUCUGUCUUUCUGGCAGAGAGGGUGAGUUACUGAGGCUUACCAGCAGUGAUGGGAGCGAACACCUCCCCGGCCUGCCAGCCGUGCUCUCCUCCCGUGGCAGCCUGGAGGGGCUGACAGAAGCACCACAGCAGGGUGCUGCAGUGGCUGGGUGAGGCUGUCUCGUGGUUUAGCUCUGGUCGCUCUGAGCUUCUCCUGAGGAAAGGGGCAGUUUCUGAAGGCUCGUUCAGAGGUCUGCAAGCUGCAUGGCCAGGCAGACCGCUGCAGGGAGCCGGGGGUGGCAGGGGGGCUGUGGAGAGCUGCUGUGGGUCAGUGUGGCAGGUACAGGAGUGUCACUGCACCGGGCUGAGCACAGCCCAGCAGACUUGGCGCUUCUUCCCCUGCCCUUCCCCUGAGACUCGGUCCUUCUCCCCCUCCCCAGUCCCCUGCUCUUCCUGUCUCAGUGCUGGGAAAGCUGGUGGAUCUGCUGGGCAGAGAUAAGAGCGCUUUUUUGGUAGCAGCUUCUGUCCUGUUUCUGUUUCCUGCAGUAUUUUUAACUUCCAGUCCAGCCAGAGGAGAGCCCUGGAGUGUGAUGUGCCUGACAGGGCAGGACUCACCAGCAACACUGCCGCGUGUGCAGAGAAUCGGGCUGCUGGAGUGAGAGACGUUUGGCUCUUCCCUCCAACUCCAGGGAGUGCUGCCAUGGGCUGGACCCUUCUGCUCCUUUGGCUGCCGGCCCAAUUUCCCUGUCUCUCUUCCCCAUUUGUAUCAGCUCCUCCAUCUCAGGCUUUUCCCAGCAGAUCUCCCCGGGCAGGAGGCAGCAUUGGCCAGGAAUAGCCAAGCCCCUAAACUGUCGUUAGGUGCUGCAUUUAUCUGACUCCCCCUGUGGGGCUUUAGAUUUAGACCUCUGAUCAGGGCUUGUCCAGGAGGUGCAGAGGCUGGCUGGUUCAGGUUAUUCUCUGUACACAACCUCUGUUCGACUAGAACAUGGGCUGUAGGGGCAGGGGAGAGACCCCGACACAGUGUGGAAAGACAAAGCAAGGGUGAAAGCCCACUGACAGAAACACGCAAGCUGGGCAGGAGCAGUGUCCAAGGCAAACCUCUCCUAAGUGCCCUCCUGCUGCCUCACCCCAGAGGGAUGAGAAGUGGGGCAGGGGCACUGGGGAUGAGCUCAGCAGGGCAAGGAUGAAGGCAGCUAUUCUGUCCCAACGUUUUUUUUCUUUCCUUCUCCCCUGUAUCAGACUCAGAAGUGACAUUUGGCAGUGCCAGCCUAGGAGAAGGAAAGGGCUCAGCCUGUCUUCAGUAAUAUGCCAGGGCCAGGUGCCUAAGGAGGAAAUACAGCCUUUCUUUCUGCGAUGCGCUUGCCUGAGUGAUGGAGUAGCCUGAGGUAGGAGCUUCCUCCAGGUUUCCUGGAGCUGGUUUACUGCUGCUGGAAGCAGGAGGACUGCUGAGUUCUCAACUAUAUCCAUGGUAGUGUAACUGGAAACACCUUGUAGUACCUGUCCCCUCUCUUUUCAUACGUGAGUUUUGUCUGUUAGGAGGAUGUUCUGUUGCAAAUGAGCACUAUUCAACUAAAGAUGUUCCUCUUUCAAACAGAUUAAUUCCCAGAAA